AAGUGUCCUGGGGAGGUAUCCGAGUAUGGAACAACAAUGUGUACAAAGUUGUGAUAUUUGCUAAGAACUUGUCAUGUCAUGGCAUAUCACUGAUCUAUGCGUAUAUAGAUAUAUAUACAUAUAGGUUUCUGGCUACUAUCUGGUUCCAUGCCCUACCAGGACUACUGUGGCUACUGAUAAAGUGUGCACUCUGAUUGGCUACACUGAUUAACUCGAACUGGUCAAUCAUAAUGAUAGAAUUUAAUGUACUUUGAUAGAGGGGGCCUACAUGUUUAUGUGAAAACUGUAGCUCAUGAAAUUAUCUGGUGGGAAGGGAUGGUGGAGUGCAACUCUGCUCACUAACUCGGGAAAUUAUAUGGAGAGGUCAUCGGGCCCUGGUCAUGCUGGAGGAAGCCAGGAAGAUGGGACAAAUGACAGCAGAUCAACUGGGUCCGGUGAAUUGCCACCAGACAAUCUGGGAGUCCCAGAUUUUCUGUCUUACGAGGACCUGUUCCAGCUGAUAGACAAGGCUGUCUCUACCAAUAACAAAACAUUGCUGAAACGCGUGUUUGACAAGUACCCUAACGAUGUGUUGAAUCUUCUGGACCCAAACCUUGGCCAGAAGUCCUUCCUUCACCAUGCCUGUAAGAUUGGAUGUGAAGAUAUUGUUUUGCUGUUGUUGAACUAUGGGGCUGAUAGGUAUAAGGAUGUUGAAAUGAAAGAGGGAACUCCGCUUAAACUUGCUUGUGAGUUUGGUCAUGCAGAGAUUGUAGAUGUCCUAAUUGGGUGUGGCGUGGUGUGUCCAGUUCCGGAGAUAUCACCCAGGAACCCCAUAUAUCUGGCCGUACAGAAUGGUCACUCUGAUGUGAUAAGUUGUUUUAAACGAUACAAUAAUGGUGAACUACUUUCCGGGCAUUACAAUGCAAGUGUUCUCCAAUACGGAGCAUGUUACUACGGUCAUGCCGAGCUGGUCAGAUACUUUCUUCAGACAACAGAUGUCCAUGUCAAUGCGCCAGUACAACGGGUGCCACUCCAUGAUAUACAUAAUGCUGAUAAGCUGACACCAAUGUAUGCUGCAUGUAAAGGUAACCAUGACGAUAUAGUUUACCUCCUGAGCCGUGAAGGAGCAGACAUCACUCCACAUCUUCUUGAUAACUUCCCGGACAUUUUGAAGACUCUUGUCCAGAAAUACAUCGUCCCAUAUGAACCAGCUAUCUCAUCUGAUGAUCUGGUGGAUAACCCGUUAAUGGUCCGAUGGAAGCGAUGUCAUCUUUACAUCAGUGAGAUUCCAUAUGACUGGUUAAGCCAAAGCCUGGACUUCAUUGCCGAGGUUGAUAUAUCACGCAAUAAACUCAAGUAUCUGCCAUCAUGGUUACCGUGGAAACUGCCAAACAUUGUCAAGUUUGAUGCAUCCCAUAAUGAUCUGUUGCGUUGCGUACCACCUCAGGAUGUUCAUUGUGAAAAGUUAAGAGAAAUCCAUCUCUCACACAACAGUCUGGAUGCCGUCCCGAUGAGGAUUUUCCAACUUAAGUCUCUAAAGUACUUGACGCUGAAGGAAAAUCUGUUGACGGAGUUGCCCCCUGGGCAUGGCAGUAGCAUGUUUGAUACUGGGAACAGCCGAGCGUCAUCAACUUACGAGAGGUUGUCUGGUGGAUUUGUCGAUUUAACCGUAGCAUGGACGUGUGAGAAUCUGCGAGAAUUGGAUGUAUCCCAUAAUAGGCUGAAGGAAAUCCCCAUACAUAUACAGAGUACAUCCCGUCUCGCAAAACUUGAUGUAUCCUACAAUAGACUGAUACAAUUUCCAGCACCAUGGCCUUGUGAAAUGGAAAAUCUGAAUGUGUCGCACAAUGAACUGGAGAUAUUCAUCAGUAAUGUGGAAACGUUAUGGUCGAGGACGCUGAGGUCGCUUCGCCUGGAUAACAAUCAGCUGACCGAGAUUGACCCAGGGAUAUGUGCCAUCAUUACACUAACGUCAUUGAGAUUGUCGCAUAACAAGUUGAAAGGACUACCAGCGACCACUUACUGGAAAUGUUCACAGUUGGAGAGCCUCGAUUUGGCACGCAAUCGUCUUGGUGAUCAAGAACGUUAUGAAGCGAGUUUGAAAAAGAGAAAACGUGAUCUUCUGCUGAAACCGAUCUGGAAGAGACAAAGAGAAGAGUCACGAGCACCCAUCACGCAGAUUGACCUUCCCGAUAUGUUCAGUGAGAAGUUGAGAUAUCUCUCUUUGCGUGGCAACUUCCUUUACGACAUUCCACCCACUGCAUUCAAGAUGAAGAGUUUAGAGACCCUCGACCUAAGAGACAAUCAAAUCACGGAGCUCCCGAACGAGCUUGGCAAGCUGUCUGCAAGCUGUGACCUUAGGGUUGAUGACAUCGCAAUGAAGAACAUUCCAAAGGACGUCUUGAAUGCAUUGUCUAGAUCAUUCAUAGCUAGGAGACCAUCCCAUGAAGAAACUGCUGUGAUCACUACUAAAUCUAAGGCUGACCCUGGAACCCACCUGGCAUCUAGACAGGUCCUCACCUACCUCAGGACAAAGCUACGAAAGUCAUCACCAUACCACAGGAUGAAACUUGUUAUUGUCGGAAAAGAGGGGCGUGGCAAGACAACUCUGUUGUCUGUUCUUCAAGGCCACAAGUAUGAGGAGAACAUCUCAACUCAUGGAGUGGCGAUCAAGGAGUGGAGAAUAAACCCUAAUAAGCCGUUCACCCUGGCGAGUCGCCCUCCAGUUACCUUCUCAACCUGGGACAUGGCCGGCCAGAAGGACUACUAUGUCACGCACCAAUGUUUCAUCUCUCCCAAUGCCCUCUAUCUUGUGGUUUGGGACCUAACACUUCACAACGAAGGAGUGCUGAACCUUCGGCCUUGGCUUCUCAAUAUUCAGGCGCGUGCUCCGGGUGCUUGUGUCAUCAUCAUUGGGACAUUUCUUGACCGUCUCGAUCCUGACCCAAAGGAAAGAGAACGGAAGGUCAAUGAAUUGAAAACAAAAAUCAACCAACUCUUCUCCCGGCCUGGUUUUCCAUUGAUUCGUGGCAUAGCUGAAGUAUCGUGCAAGACAAUGAAGGGCAUCCCAGAAUUGAAGGAGCUCAUUUAUAACACAGCGUUAAACAUGGCAGAUGCUCAUUCCCCCAAUGAAAAACUGCUGGGAAGACUGGUGCCAAGCAGUUUCUUGGAGCUAGAGAAGCUCGUUGUCGAGGAGGCAAAGAGAAGGAAGAAAUCAGGGGAGCAUCCUGUCCUGCUCGAAGAAGAGUUUGAGAAUCUUGUGAAAAAGAUACCACAGGCAGUGAGAGACAUCGAUACUCCAGAAGAGAGAAACCAAGUUGCCAAAUUCCUCCAUGAGACAGGCAUCCUGCUCCACUACAGUGACCAACACCGUGCUCUUAACUCUCUCUACUUCAUUGACCCGUCCUGGCUGUGUGACAUGCUUGCUGCUGUCAUCAACUUUGAGAAUGUGCAGAAUGGUAUGUUGAGACUGAGCAAGGUGAAGUCAGCUCUGACAAAAGCUGACGAGAAGCGAUUUCCUCAGACACUGUUCCAGGAGUACCUACACCUGUUGGAGAGAUUUGACAUCGGUCUGCAGCUUGAUGAUGAGAGGUUGCUCAUUCCAUCCAAGUUGGGUUCAAGUCGCCCUGCUGUCACAAGCGGUAACGAGGAUGUAUUGGGCAGUGAGCAACAGAAGUUAUACCGUUGGUACAAGAUGGAGUAUGUCCCAAGCGGAUUCUGGAGCAGGCUGAUUGUCCGCAUCCUGGUUGGGAUACGCCAACAGAAGCACUUGCUGUCACUCCGCAGUUCUCAAUUCCCGCAAGCUGCCAGGAAGGUGACGAAGGACCUCUCAAAGCAGUGGAGCCUCAAAGGGUCACAUCGAGCCUUCCACCUGAAAGACAACAAUCAAGUCUGGUGGCGGCAUGGUAUAGUCGUCAACCACCAAGACGGCUACUUCAUCGUCGAGUCUUCAUCUGCUGUGUUUGCUGACCCGACAGGAUUCGAGGGAAUCCUCGUCACCGUAUAUUCAACAGUCGGAAACUUUUCAGCAAUGGGAUUUGUUGCUGACCUGAUCGAUUCCCUCAUAGCAGAGUGGUUUCCAGGUUUGGAGGGUCUGAAUGAUCGCGGUGAACCAACGAUCAGUCGUAUUAUCCCCUGCCCCUACUGCAUCAAGAUGGAGGAGGAAGACCCAGAGGACUACAGCACCCUUCUCCGCAUCUGCCACUUCAUGUAUGAAGACUGCGCUGUCGCUGCUCUCGAGAAUGACAACUGUACGAUCAGCUGUGACAAACAUCCACAGGCCGUCCCGUUGAUCAUUUUGGUGCCUGAUCUCCUAUUGGCUGAUCUGCCUAGUAGACUCUUUCUAGAUGUUUCCGAGUUACUCCUUGAAGAGACUGAGGAGAAUCGCCUUGGCCAGGGCGGUUAUGCAUCCGUUUACAGGGCCAAGUUCAAAAGAAAGGAGGUUGCUGCUAAGGUCUUUCACUCAGCUGUGAAGUUCAAAGAUGCAAGUAGAAAUCGUAAUGCCGGAGGUGCUUCUUUUUUCGGUGAUACAACAUCGACUGAGGUGGCAUCUGAAGCAUCAGAGGCAGACUUCCCAAUGGAACAGAUUGGACGCUCUCACCAGCUAGACAGCCUGCGCAUAUCCUUUGAAGACGUUGGCAUUCAGGCCAUCCAAAUGUUCCGCGAACUCCGAAGUGAAGUGGCUCUGAUGGCGAAACUGCGACAUCCAUGCAUUGUGACAUUGAUCGCUACCUCCGUCAAACCGCCAUGUUUCCUUCUGGAAUUGGCACCAAUGGGAAGUCUGCAGUCAGUCUUGGAGAACGAGUUGAAAGAAAAGGGAUUCAAGGACAGUCUCACUCGGUACAGAACAAAGGACACCACACAGCCAAGUGUCCUCAGUAAGAUGCUGACCUAUAAACUCGUCUUACAGAUAGCCCUUGCAAUACGCUACCUACACAAGUACAACAUCAUCUACCGCGACUUGAAAAGUCAGAAUGUUCUUGUCUGGAAUCUUGACCUGAACAAACCAGUCAAUGUUAAACUCUCCGAUUAUGGAAUAUCGUGCUUCAACACUCCCCAAGGGAUCAUGGGAAAUGAAGGGACGCCAGGAUAUCAAGCUCCAGAAAUUCAGACAGGGGUGGCUUAUGAUGAGAAGGUUGACCUCUUUUCGCUGGCAAUGACAAUCUAUGAGAUUAUAUCAGGCCACCAUCCCCUUGACCACUACCAUUACCCUGGACAGGUCAUCCAGGCUGUCCGAAAAGGAGAGAGACCAUCUCUUCAGGAAUUGAACAUCGAUUCCAAAUUCCCCUGCCUUGAAUCCCUGAUGAAAGACUGCUGGAAUGCUGGGCCGGAGAGCCGUCCAUCUGCCAAUGAUGUUGUGCGUCUGCUGAAGAGGACUGAGUUCGUUUGCCAGGAACGACUGCUUCCACAGGCCGACCAAGGCCUCAUCUGCUCAGUUGACUGCAUCUAUGCUCCAUAUUUGAAAUCAAAGAACCAGUUUGUUUGGAUCUGGGGUGGCCAAAAUGAUGAUCGUGUCUUCUCAGUGCUGGAUGUGGAGCGUGGGGUCUUCCGUGCAAACAAAAAGAGCUGCCCUGGGCCGAAAGCUAUGUGCACGACACGUGUCGGAAACACCAUGUGGAUCGGAAACAAGGGCAAUGAGAUCGAGAUCUUUGGCUAUAGGAAGACAGGUCUGCCAGAAACCCUUCGGGUGAUUUACCUCGAGUCUACACCCCUGCACAUGUUAUAUGAGACGACUGAAGAGACAGCAGGACCGUCAGUGCCAUCAGGGACGUCAGAGCCAUCAGGAAAUGCUACGUCACCACAAAAGGUAUACGUUGCACAGGAAAGUGGCAUCAUAUCUGUCUUCUCCUGUGCAGACCCAGCCUCGAGAACUGGAGAUGAGGAGACAGGGAGGAGAAAUGUGGCAAUUGCGUUAUCCAUCCAGAAGGAACCCCACCAGACCGGUGACACCGAUAAUUGGACACUGUGCACUACCAUUCAGCUUUGUCAGGGGGAGAAUUCAGACACUCCUGCCACUUGCUUGGAAAAAGUUGCAGCAAUGGAUGAGAUAUGGGUCGGGUGUGAGAACAGUAUUGCUAUCAUCAGUUCAAAGACUUUAAAGGUCAAAGGUCCUCGAAUACCAUUGAAGCAGAUGACAUUUGUUAAACAAUUGAAAAGCUUUGGUAAACGUGUGUGGUGUUUGCAGCAGUGGUCUUGUGAAAUCAUAGAGUUUGAUGCAGAGUCGCGAACACAAAGGUAUCUGUUCAACUGCAUGGAUGCUAAGAUUAACGCGGUGAUAGCUGAACGACAGUUUGAACCUGAGGCAGCUUUUGGAAAUGAGGACAUUGACAAUCCAGUGGUGCGGAGAGGUCGAUCCAAUCCAAAGAGUAGUUCAAGCAGCCGUGAUAGGGUUGGGGGAUUCUUUACAGAGGUUGCGAUAGAUGGUUCAAAGUCUGGUGAAGAACCAGAGUCACUGGAAAGUAGAUCAGGGAAAGAUUUGACAGCAGAUGCACACUCUGAGCUGUCGUCUGCUACUGGGGCAGUGUCGUCUGCUACUGGGGCAGUGUCGUCUGCUACUGGGGCAGUGUCGUCUGCUACUGGAGCAGUGGCGUCUGCUACUGAAGCAGUGUCCCCUGGAGCAAUGUUGUCUGCUGGAGCUGUAGCAAAGGAAGUGCCAAAUGACUUUGGAAAGCAAUUCAAUGAAAACUUGGGGAAAAAAAGAAAUGUUUUCCUUGAGGAAUAUUUCAAGAACACUGCUGCAAUGAAGGAGUCUGAACAAACUGACUAUCCAAUAAAACCAGAACCUCCUUCCCCAGGUAGUAGCAUUGUGGACUCAAUUGUGAAGUCGCUGACCAAAGGUGAUACAGCCAUUAGAUCGGAACCUGCAUCACAGCCUGAUACCUGUGUCGGAACGCUCAAGAGUAACGAGAUUGAAAAGUGCCUGGAUAUGGUGAAGGAGGAGAUUUUGAGUGAUAAAUUUGGUGAGAGUGGGGAAGUUGUGGGACUUAGUUCCCAGACCCUGCCCAACCAAAAGAUAAAUCGAAAGAUCGGCCGUCGACGAGGUGUCAGCGAAUGGGGGAAAAAGAUGAAGAAGUUUAACAAGGAUGACAUUGCGCAGAUAAUGCAUCAAGUACGAUCACUACUAGUUGUUAGGGACCAGACUCUCUGGAUCGGGCAAAAUAGUGGUGAUAUUAUCGUAGUUAGUAUUGAUGACAGUAGCCUCUGUUACAAUCCCUAUGGUCAAGUGUUGUCUGUUCUAGAGACAAAGGACAUGGAAGGCCACAAAAAUGGACGAAUUCGCCAUCUUGUUGGCGUGGGGCCAGACCGGGUGUUGGCAACACGCUUAUUCCAUAAAGCUGGCAGUGAUGGAUCGGCGGCUGAUUUAGGGUGCGAGUCAGGAGAUGAGGAUGAUGAUGCUAGUUGUGCUGUCUACCAAUUGGUGGUUUGGGAGGCGUAUGGUUGUGAGGAAUUCUAUCGUGUGCAGACGCUUUGGAAUCAGUUGCGGACUGCCGAGAUUGAAAAGGAGGGGAAGUUGUAAAUAAAUGGAGCCUUGUGGCUGAUGAAAGUGAAUCACAGAGACAUGUAUUGUACAUGUGCUAUGUACUUCUAAAAUAGAACAGUGAGGGGCCUAUUGCUGGGCCAUUGGUACUAAUGAUCUUUAUGGUGUUCCUCACUCCAUGUAAAGGCUGUUUUGGUUGCAUCAGAAAAUGUGUGCAAACAUUCUAUCACACUUUAUGUCUGCAGUUCGUAUGUUUGUCCACAGUAUCACCUACACGAGAACUCCAAAGGAUACAUUAGCCAUGGCCUGGCAGUACCUUAUGUAUUACACCUCUGCUGCUCCACCUUUGAAGGAACGCAGGCUUCGUCGGUGUGGUGCAGUGCCACCAUCGGCACCUAUCACGCCUAUGAGAUCCAAGGUUUGAUUCCUGGUCGGUCCCAGUAAACUUGUGUGAUAAAAAGGGCAACCCUUUUCGUCUGCAUAGGUGUCUUAUGGGUUCAUUAUAGUCAAGUAAUAUUGUUUAUUCAUCAUUUCCAAAAUAGGUGCCAAAUUUGCACUGACUUUUUUCUUCAGCCUUGAUCCAGGCAAUGUCUUUGCAUCCCAACAACAAUGGAAGUCACCAAAAGGACGCCUCUUAAAACUAGGCUGGGAGAAAAGACUAGAAAAACUAGGAUGACACCUUUGAUAUUUGAGUGAAAAUGAUGAAUAGAGUUAAUAAUGUCUUUGUUGAUUCCCAGCUCUCAAUUCAAUAUUGAAUGAUAGCCAAACAUUACAAAUGAAGUUUUUACAUGGAGGGCAGUGAAAUGUUUUGAGGACGCAUCAGAAAUUAUCACAAAUGAGGCUGUGAGAAUCAGAGUCAACUAGGAGACAAUUUUUUUUUUGACAGAGGCUUAUUGGUGUGGCUUCAUCCAUUUAUCCAGGGAUAGCAUCACUCCACUUUCCUUUACCAUUGAGGACCCACAACUAGCCUACUUUUUAAUAGUAGACUCUGAAUCUCAUUGCCUCAACUUAAGUACCAACAAGAAGAAGACAUCCUAAUCAGCAUUAUAUUGAAUUAUCAAAUAUUAGAAUUUUAGUAGAAGUAGAGUUUUUAAUUAGCUCAGCUGACAAGCUGAGCUAUUCAUAUGAGUAAAUGGUAGAAUGAAUGUCCGUCUGUCUGUCUGUCUGUCUGUCUGUCUGUCUGUCCGUUAAACAGGCACGUUUCAAAACUAUGGCGGAUAGGCGAUAGAUUUUCCCUAUAAGCCAUUUAGACUCUUCAGGACUCCUGAAUAGACCAAGUGUGGGUCCGGCAGGAUUAACAGUUUGGCCACCAGGGGGCAAAAAGCCUAAAUCAGAAAACAAUUUUUUUGCGCUUUAUUCAAGCAGAUAGAAGCUUGAAAUAAAGUUGAAAAGGACCGCAUGCAUGUAGGUCUUGAAACUACUAAGAGUAGUUUUGAUUGAUACUACCAGUUGGCGUUACUGAGCCAAAAUCUGUGUUGACCUAGUUUAAGCUUGAUUUGAAUUUCCCGCUCUUGUAUGACUCUUAAGGUUGUGGGUUCCAAUCCCACUUCGGGUCAAUUUUUUUUUUUUUUUAAUUUUUACUUUUUUCACUUGUAAAUACAUUUUCUUUACUUUUUUGAAUAAUUUGGUGGGCGGCCAUCUUGGUUUUUUUUUUCUAUUUUAAAGCCUUUGCUGUAUCCAGAGUGACAUGAAUUUUAUGGUUGGUGUACAAUAAGUCUCCUUUACAUGAUAUCACAUGGGCUUUCUAUUUGACCUACUUUUCAAGGUCAGCCUGGCUCAGGCACUUAGAUUUGACUAAUAAGUGGCAUAUUUGUCACCAUUUAAAAGUCUUUACUUUGGUAUGUUUGCCUGAUAUAUUGACAAAACUGAGGUUGAAAGAGAUCUAUCGGGUACUUUCCAUGUUCAUAUAUUUCAGCUGAGCGCCAGGCCCUUGGGCCUCUUGUUAAUGUUCAAAAUUAAUGUGAGCGGAUCAGAGUUAUGCGGAUUUUAACCCAUAAUAGGCAAAGAGGCUUGUUUUUGCCUGCUAGUUACAAGUCUGUCAAGCGAUGGCGCUGUAAUUGAUCUUGAACUGAUGUCAUUCAUAAGCAGGUAACAUCAUCCAAAUAGGAAAAUAUGGGAAUAUCAUUCCAUCUUUUAUCGAAAGGGUUAAUGUCGUUACUCAAUGUUUAGUGACAUCCAGACUGUCACAGCAAGAUUAUCUGUACAAAGUCUUUAAUGAGAUCAUUUGAAAAAUAACCUUGCUUUAAAGUAA